GACUAACGUAGUGCGGGGGCGAGGAUUGGAGAUGCAAAAUGGCUGAUGACGAACCGUGGAAGUUAAAAGAAGACGGCUAUUUGAAUGUGGAAACAGACUCUAAAAGUAUUAUAUAUCACCCACACCUGAAUAUUAUUUUUGUUCUUACUAGAGAUUCAGAAGUUAAAGUGCUCGACGUCAAUUCUGGAGUAAUUUUGCAGAGGAGCUCGCUUUCAGCCAAGCCUGGAGGUAACCUUUGUGGAACGUACUUGCAUGGACAUGACAAAAUCCUGUUCACUGAUGGAAGAGGAUUGGGUGUUAGAAGAGAUUACAAUGGAGUUAUGUUUCUUGACUCCAUCCUCCAAACUCCUCUUAUGAAACCAGAUGACAUAGUUAAAAUUGAGCUACUCUUAUCAGAGGCCAUUUUAUUACAACAAAGCCUUCGGUGUAUAGAGCUACCCGGAGUAGAUCAAACGGCAGAAGUACUGCAGGAAUUGGCAAAGAAAAUAAAGGAGGGUCAAGCAAAACCAAAAAAGGGGACAAAAGCACAAAAGUGGAAUUCAGUAUGCCUGGAACUGCCACAUUGUGCUCUAAAGCUUGUGUGUGCGGGCAUGGUGCAAGAACUGAAGCGCCAGAACAAGCACAUACCUGCGUUGUCAAUUGCUUCAGCAGUGAGCGAACGAUUGAAUUGCUUGCUUGUGCCCCCGGCCUUAGCUGCAGAGAGCCCACCUGUGACGGACCGUGCGCUGAUGUUCAGCGAGGCAGCGCGUCGAGACACCUUUGUGAAAUGGCCUCAUAUGAAUUACAAAUGGGCAUUACCUGACCAGAUGGCACAAGCAGGCUUCUACCAUCAGCCAAAUUCGACUGGUGAUGACCGAGCAAUGUGUUUCACAUGUAAUGUUUGUCUUGUUUGUUGGGAGCCAACGGAUGAGCCCUGGUCAGAACAUGAGCGGCAUUCCCCAUCCUGUCCUUUUGUCAAAGGCGAAUAUACGCAAAAUGUGCCAUUGUCGGUAACGUAUGCAACAGCUCCUGCUGUUUCAGUAGCAGACAGCCGGGAUGAAGAAGUUGUUUGCAUCAGCACUUCCUCAGUGCCAGAUUUGGUUGCCACUGCCACAUGCCAUGGCCUCGUAACCAUUUGGAAUACAACCCGUCAACUUAAGAAAGAAGCGGUGUUUUACAUCUCAUUAUCAGAACCUGUAAUUAUGAGAAGCUGUGGUGAAACAAUUAGCUGUACUGACUUAAAAUGUAGAGAGGCCUGGUCAGAAAAACCAAAGGAAGGAGCAAGUAGGAGUGAUGUGGAAAUACCAAUGACAGACAUGACUAUUGACAACAUAUUUUCACUGCCCAUGGUGUGUGAAGAUUUGGAUUUGGAAAUAACAGCACUGUCAAUUGUUGGUGGGCCGCAACAUCAGCAAAGUUGUAACCAUGCCGGUCCCAAGCAACAUUCAAAGGCUACCAACAGCAUGAGCAACCGCCUCCGACCUUCUUUCAUCGCAGGGAUUAGUGUUGGAUCAAGAAGUUCACCCAAUACAAGUGAUGUGUGGGGAAGUGGGAGUUGUUGUUCCUCAUUAGUGCGUGCAAUGAAUGACGUGAAUGAAGCGAGUAACCUGGCAAGCGCAUCUCUGGAUAUAAUGAAAGUGAGGGAUAGUGCUGAGUCACCAGCAGGUCAUACAGUUAGUUCCUGUUCUCAUGGAAGGUGUCCAUUCCUUGUAGUUUAUAAUUUUCACCAUUAUGGAGGUUCUGCUGGAUGCGAGGGAGAUAGUACUGCAGAUGAUGGAAGUGGAAGUAGUGGUGGAGGAGGACAAAAUCAGGGAAUUGCAGGUGGUGGUAGUUCGAAAAAGGCUGUUUCUGGCACUGGAACAAGUACAUCUUCAGGCACUCGCCAGGAUGGCGUUUAUCAAGAGAUAUUUUUGUCAAAAUUUAUGUUUGAUGUACCUGGUGUUGAUGACCUUGUAGCAGAUGUUGUUAUGGACACUCCACCAGACUGCCUGGAAAGUGUGGAGUUUCUCUCUGGUUCAGCACCAUCAGGUGCGGGUUUAUACGGUCCUCCUGUGAUUCCAUCUGGAUCAUCACAAGGUGCAAGUGGUAGUGGUGGUGGCACUGCGUGUGACAGUUCUAUGUUGAAUGUAACUUUCAGCAAUGUUAAUGGAGGUCUAGAUAUGUCAAAAUAUCCAUCCACAUCUGAAGGUAGUUCAUCACCUGUCAUCAUAAAGGUUAGAAGUAUCUCAAAAAAAGAAAUGCUUGGUGGUAGUGAUGGAAAUUCUGGUAAUGUGAGUGUACCGCCUGUGGCAGAGACUCACCGGGAACCAGUUGCCAUCCAGUGCUUACCCAUACCACAAAGGUUGCGCAAUGCUGGCAACCUCACUAUUACAAGUAUACAUCCGACGUUAGAUGGUGGCCACAUUUUUGUUGUUGUCUGUACAACAGGAGCAGUUGAUGUGAAGGCACCUGCAACUGAUGAAAGUGAUAGUAAAAUGGAUGUUGAUAUUGAGUUGCCAAAAGAACCACCUGAUGGGCCGAGACAUGACCCUUCUUACACAGCCAGAGGUAGCACAACCAGAAGCAGCACUCACGGCAAGGACAGCGCAUCAGUUGCAGGAGCACUGUUGGUCUACUCACUUGACCUUAGUGGAAGUGCAGGAGAAGCAAUUCGACUGGAUGAAGAACCAGUGGCUGUUCGAUUAUUAAGUGACAUAGGAGAAUGCCCCACCGAAGUUACAUUGCUUCCAUUGGCAGAACGGGAUGAGAGUUCGAGACCAGAAAUUCCCAGCAGUCCAGUCAAGGGUAUGCCUCAGGGAUUGGCAGCACUGAUUUGCAGAGAUGGGAGUGUGAGAAUUGCCAGUCUUGUUAACUUGAGGACAGUUGCAGUUGCUGUGCCUGAGAAGAGCGGUACCAGAUACGUUUCGGCAGCUUACUGCAACAGUCUGGAAAGGCUGUGUGUUUGCACAGAGAAAGGAAGUAUCCAUUUCUUUGUGAUGAGUGAUGAAGGCUUCACAGAGGAAUGUGAAGAUGAUCAAUCAGAAAGUUAUAUGAUGCCUAGUACCUCUUCUACACAGCUGAGGUCAACAUUUAGCAUGCAAGAUGCCGCAGGACCUUCUAGUGCAGCACCAGCUGCUGAUGUUGCAGAACCUGUUCGAGCACCCUCCCCCACUGGGCUUGCAUCCUCCAGUUCCGGCAGCAGCCAGUUACUGGCAAAUAAAACAGAGCUCAGUAUGUCUGAUCUGCAACAGCUCUACGAGCUGACUUUAUUUGAAAACUUAACACCUUGCUAUGCAGCUGCAGUGCCACCCUGUUGGAGUGAGAUAAUGCAGGCACAGAAACAGCGCAGGCAUCCUCAACAUUUGCAGCAGGGUGAUGACCUACAGCUUACUCGGUCCUGGAGAUUGCAGAAUGAUGCUACCACAUGGGAUGAACAUGUGUUUGAAAUAACACUCCCACGUAGUUGCUGCAUUGGCCAUGUUGAUCUGAAAUUUUCCCUUCAUUCUCCAUGUUCAAAUCCACCAAAUAUACAAGUAACUCUCCUGAAACAGAAUGCAACUGGGAUUGGAAGGAAAGAGAAAACCAUGAUGCCACAAGUAGAUGAAGGAAUAGAUUUCAACAUUGGCAUGCAGUGUGAUGGUGAAGUGAAAGGGAAGACUGAAAAUCCAGUUACAUCAGAGGAGUACAUGAGGGACCACAACUGUGAGGUAUUAUGUGGCCCCGUAAUCUUGUCACAGUGCCUUGACCUAUCAGAACAGGGUGGAACAAUCACACUGACAAGUCCCAAGUUAUUUAGAGUGCGAGGCCGUACUUUUCUAGUGCACAUAAAAGCUGUGGCCACAGAAAAGGAGAUAGUUAAAGAUACAGGCUCUAAAAGCCGAGGGAGUGAAGAAAAAGGGUCAGCUUCAAAAAAGAGUAGGUUGGAUGGAAGUUCAAAAAGCAAAACUUCAGAUUCCUCGGUGGAUUACUAUGUGCAAGUGCCCCGGAACACUGUUGACAGACUUGUUACUGCAGUUUCUAAGAAAAUGGAGUAUUAUUUGGGAUGUGACUGGCUGCAUGAAGUUUCCAUUACAAUUAGGAAAACCAAGCAAACCAACAUUCCUAAUGAACGGAGUCAGCGUUGUGCAAUGCUGGAAUCAAAUCAAUUUGUGGAGCGACUUCUGCAUGUUGUGUUCCUCGAGGGCCCAGAUCGGACGACUACUGCUCAAGGCUUAGCUCUAGAUGUACUGGCAUGGGUAGCAUCUGUGCGACUGUCAAGGUUGCGGAGCGCCCGUGGAAGAAUUGAAAGCCACACCCAGCAACUGGAGUUUGUGUAUAUGGUUGAAAAGUACCUUAGCCGAUUGGUACAGAGCUGCCUCUUACUUUCUGGGCGCAGCGUUGCACGCAAAUGUGUGAAGUUGAUUAUCAUUUGCAGCGAAGGUAUGAAAAAUGCUUCUGAUGGUGGAAAUGCGAGGUUUGACACAUCAGUAUUACAAGCACUUAUAGACUGGUUACCUGUCAUAAGCUGCUGUCAGACUGCGGGAGCACUCCGCUGGUUCCUGUUGUUACUGACAAGAGUGUUACCCUUUGAUAACACUGGAGCCGCUGCCCAACAAUGCGUCACUCUGCUCCAGCAAGUGGCACAGGAGAUGAACACCCGCACAAAUCCUUUCCAUCUCUUGCUUCGGACCAGGUUUGGGCUCUAUAGCACACCAUUUGAACCAGAAUUGUUUGACACAGAACCACCACCACCUGCUAAAUUUUCGUCAGUACCAAUCACUUAUGCUACAGUUGUGAGUGGUGAAAUGGGCAAUGCUGUAGGUGGCAAUGGUGGUGGCGGAGCAGGAGGAGGCGGUGGUGCUGGUACUUCGUCUGCCAGCACUCCAGCAGCCUCAGCAGCUGCAUUCUCAGCAGAUGUUCUGGAUUUGCGAGAGCUGCUUACGACGUCAGUUGGAGGUCAAGGACCAGAUUCGAAGUUUACACAAUUACGGCUGAAGGGAUUAUCAUCAAAUCACUAUUUGAAAGGUCUACUUGAAGUGGAACCUUUGCAUUUCACAUGCCACGCAGCAAGCGAUGGUACAAAAAUGGAAAAAAUAGACCAAGGUUCAUCUGGAUUUACAAUGCCAAUUCCUGCUGGAAAUAUGGGGAAUUUUGAUGUUACUAACUUUAUUGUAUCAAACAGUGGCACUAAAAAGGCAGACAAUGAAUUUGUAAUGCACACAGUUGAAGGUUUAUUGCCACUAAGAACUUGCAAAAAUCUUGCAGUGUACCAAGAGAUGCCAUUGUUUAGUAAGUUCUUAGUUUUAAAUUAUCAUCAUGAGCAGUGUGAGGUGGUGACAGGCUUAAAGUCUUCACAAAAAUUUCCUUCUCUUAAUUAUCGCAAUGUCGUGUACAUCAAUAAACAGCAAUGUGAAAAUUAUGUUUUUUGUCGAAUAUUGCUAACUUCAUUUCCUGUGCAAGGAAAAAGAUACUUAAUGUGCAUAUACUUUAUUGUGGGAAUUGAGUGCCAGAGAAAGGACAUGGGCAGAGAUGUUGAUGAGAUUGCUGCUACUCUUUCCUUGAAAUCAGGAUAUGGGCGUUUGGUGGAGGCUGCAGUGAUGGCUUUGUGGAUCCCAGUCAGUAAUAUUGAUAAGCUAGGCCCUGCUAAUUCAAGUGGCACGAUAUUUUUUUCCAAACAUUUAUGCAUUGAUAUAUGUGUUUUUGUCACAUUGGAAAUCAAAUUUAGUGAAAUUAUUGAUGAAAAUAGUGAAAAAUAUACUGAAAACAGGUUUCUAGAAAUAACAAUAUCAGGCGAACAUUUUCACCACAAACAGAUAUCAUUCUAUGAAGAUAUGAAGAAAGAUGAUACCUUUUACCAAGCAAUCCCUACAGAAAUGAAACUUACUGAUACUCAACAUAAACUGGGACUUAUGUUUUAUGCAUUGGAUAAGGAACUGGCAAAAGUCAAGGCAAAGGCAAAGUCAUUUAGUAUCAUGGGCAGUGUAGGGCCAAGCACCUCAAGCUUGAAUGAUGGGUCUAGCUCCUCCUCGCUGCAGUCAUCUGAAUUUUCUGGUCCAAUACUCUUACAUGGGAUGAGAAAGGAGAAUGUGACAGAAAAUAAGCAGGAUAUUGACAAGGGUGAAGAUUUGUCUGCGGCAACACUUCCCUGGCAGCAACUACUCACAGCACCACCACAGCAGACAUUAUUGAUAGAACGGAUGCACUCUGGUGCAAGACGAUUUGUUGUUUUGGAUUUUGGUUGCCCAGUCCUCCUCACAGACCUUAUGGUUCCUGCGUGCUCAGAUCUGGUCUCACUGUCUGUUGAUAUCUGGUGCCGUGGUGAAGAAUCUGAUGGACAGCGGCUUGUGGUGGCAUCUGAUAUAGGCAGCAAGGCGCUUGUCAUGAGCGACCUUCAGCCACCUCCUAUAUGCCGCUUCCUCAAGAUUACAACCAUAGGAAGGUAUGGUAUGAGCACAACUAGGUGCAAAAUUCCCAUUGGAUCUUUCUACGGUCACAUUAUAAUUUUACCUGGAGAAAAUUAUGCAAACAACAAUGACGUUAGAGAGGUUUCAUCAGAUAAUAUACAGGCCCACCUGCGUAUGUUGUCAGCACUCUUUGAAGAUAUACAUUGCAGAUACAGUUUGGCAUGUGCUAAGUUACAAGAGUUUUUGACACCAUUGCUGACAUCAGAAAUACCUAAUGUUGUACAUAUGUAUCAUUACCUACAGAGGGGCAGGGAAUUUGAAAAACUGUUUCCAUCUCAGGAAGGACAGAAAAUAAUGACAUCAUUUCAUGAAUGUGUGACAUUUCAGCAUCAGCUAAAUUUAGUGUGCAGUGUGAUAAGACGACUUGAAACAGCACAAGGAAAACUGGCUGUCCUUCCACAGAUACGAGACACACAGAAAUUACUGGCAACUUGCUGCACAGACAAAUUGAGAGUCCUGGGAGAAGGUCUUCUUGAUGUUCUUUUGUAUCUUGUCUAUGAAAUAGGCCCUGUUCCAAGGGUUCCGGUCUCCUUGUACAAUAUAUUUGAUCAGAGUGUAUGUGAAAGACUCUUCCAUUGGCUCUGUGUACGAGAAGACACUCACAUCCAACUUUCAGCUUGCACACUCUUGGCACGAAUGUGUGGCAUGCAGCCAUGGUGGGGAGAUUUUCUUGCCUCAACUCUGAGUCGUCUGUAUAGUUCACAGAACACAGCUGUUUUCCCACAGGAUAGGGUCUUCAUUCUGUUGACUUACCUUGGACGUAAGUCACUUGCUGGAGGAGCAUCACGAUCGUCAGUCUUAGAUAGCGUUCUGUCAAUGCUGACACGCCUUCUUUCACCUCUUGCCACUCCUCAGCAUUCUGCCUCAGGAUUUCUACGAGCUGAGAUGGAUCUCUCUCAGAUUGGAUGGGUGCUGCUGUUUCUGUCUGUCUGUCUAGAUGCCAGCUGUAGUACAGGGGCAGUAUGUAGUUCCAAUGGUGAUGAAACCACAGAGAAGGCUAAGGAAAAGGAAGCAGCAGCUACUCCGUCACGGUGGGAUUUCAUACAAGGAGAAAUGGCGAUGCAGCGGAAGAUGGCAAGCUCAGCCCGUAGCAAUGCUUCCAGAAGCUACAGAAGAAAGUUACAGAAACGCCUGAUGCACCAUAAACAACAUUUAGAGGAUAUAGAACUUUCUAAUAAAACUUACCAUGCCUCGAAACAGGCUCUUUCUGCACUGUCUAGCCAGGCAGCUAAUCUGUCCAGCAAGUUAGAGGCUGCUUUGAAACAGCAGGAACAAUUUUUUAAAAAAACUUUGAAGCAACACUCUGCCAAGCAUAUCAAGGACAUACUACAGAUACGUCGAACGGAUGGUUCAAUGCUGUCAAAGCAGUUUAACAGUCGUGGAUCACAAACGAGGAGCGGAGGUAGUGGAGGUGGUAGCAGUCGAGUAGGGUCUGAGCGAGAGGAGUCUGAGACGACAACACUUACUUCCGACCCUCGUGAUCCAGUCCUGUUAUUGCCACAGGAACGAUGUCUACCAGUUGCUCGGGGUCUUGUGUCACUCGUGCUUAGCAUGGACUUCACUUGUAAUAUUGAUAUGUUCCUUCUUGCUUGCAAGGUAAUAGCUCGGAUUGUGGCUGUUGCACGACCCGCAAUAUCAUUAUCAGAAUUAGUGACUCAAGAACAGUUAUUACAUCUUAUACAUCUUGCUGUGUGGAAUGACCAGCACAAAGCCUCAUGGGGUGGUCCAUGGGCAUCCCAUGCCAUUAGCUGCUUGCUUCAGGACAUACUUGAGGGAACACGUUUAUUUCGUGAAACUGAUCCUGAGCUAGUAAUAUCUGAUCAUGAAGUUACUCCUCCUCCAUCUCAUCCAGAAGCUGCUAGCAGCAGCACAUCUCAGCAGGAGGAUGUGUUUGCUGCAGAUGACAGCUCUGAAAGUGGAAAUGCUGGGCCCUCAACUUCCAAGGGUACUGGAAACUGUUUCCAACUUCCAUCGCUUCUGGAAUCGGAUGACAGUGAAUUGGAUGAGUUCCUCGAUGACAUUUUGGAGCGUGGAAGGAGUCUCGCAAAACGCACUAGUACUGCUGUUGCGAAUCGUGCAGCUUCAGCAACUGGGAUUACUGGGACAGUGGCUUCUUCGUCAUUGUCUGUGGCUAUGGAUGCUCGACUGGAACUCGGUGUGGGAACUUGUGCAGAAGUUGCCCUGCGUAGGCUGGCUGCUCAGGGUGCCCACAACUUGGCACUCAGUGUCACUGCUCCAGUUAUUGCUCCUCCAGAAUCGGCUCGCCAGCCGUACAACUCUGCCACUGCGAGUAAUCUGUACGUGCACGGGCUGUUACCGUGGCAGCAGGCUGCGACUCCUGACGAAGAUCACGGGCUUCCUGGCAGCUUAGCAAUGCUUUCGCGUUGUUUCGACACUGUCUUUUCGGAGCUCCAUACACAGAAAUCUUGGAUGAACAUAGAACUGGUGCUACAGCUGUGGCUGAUGCUGAACAGUGAUAGUGCUUUUGAGCCUGUGGGUGGAGCACCUGGCUUGUUUGACCCAGGUGCUGUUCCUGCUGUACGUGUGACAACUCGAGCUGUAUCAGGACUGAUUUCAGCACUAGCCCAGCAACCCGGGGUAUCACUCCGUGUUUGGUGCCUUGCAUUCCAAUGUCUUAUACUGAUGGCGAAUCAGCCUCAAAUUCAGACUCCGAGUGGUGAAGCUUGGUCAAUGGGACUCGAUGAUGUCGAAGUAUCUCUUCAUGCUACAUCUGGUGUAAUUGUUGAAGAUCCACAGUUUCUUCCGAUGUUACUGCGUUUCCUCUCUGGUUCGAGUCUCAGUUACGUCUCAUCGGACAAAGGCACUCAGGCAGGCCCCUCGGUGUGUGGAGCAAUGAGGGAGCUGCUUGUUCGGCUGCAGAGCCGUUGUGAUGUUAUCAGCCCUGGCAGCCGAUUGGGUAAUUCUUUGAAGGAACUGCUGUUGCAGCUGAUUUACAAGCUAGUUCAAACCACAGGUGCACUCACCAAUCGCCAGGGACCUCUUGAUGCACAGUGUGAAUUAGUAGACUUGAUAUUAAAUCUGAACUUCACUGCAGUAAAUCUGUCAACAGCGAUAAGCAUUGUCGAAUGUGUUGCAAAUUUGGCAUACAAUUACAUUUUGAGCUCAGAGAAGGUGCGUUGCAGAAGUAUAUCGGAACCUUCCAUCGGCACAAAUGAUGCUUCUUCAUGUUUUGGAGGCCUUUUUGCAUCAGUACUGGGAAGUGAAUCAAAACAAAGUAGACCAGCUACUUGGGAUGCUUUAUUGUGUAAUCUUCUAAAGUUAUGCUGUCACAUAGUGCAGACACCAUUAUCCAACAAUAAUGAGAUACCCAGGCAAUCUGAAGAAAGUAUGGAUACAGGUGAGAACCAAUUGCCUGAGAGUGAAACAGAACAGAGGGGGACAGAGACUCAACAGUCUUUUAUGCAGCAGCAGAGUUCGCAACCAGAGCAAGAGCCAAAGGUUCCUUGUGCUGCAGACACAGUGCUGGAGCAACAAACAACAGUAAUGCGACUGCUGAGUUCUUUAGCGGGCUGCUCUGGAUCGACUCUGGCAAUGCUCCUGGGUUCGGCAGGUGCAUCUCCCGCCAUGAAUGCCUCAGCAGGAGAACAAAUUUCUGCAACUGCUUUUGGUGACCUAGAGCCUUUGUCUGUUGGGGAUGCAGUCUUCCAGUUACUGCUCAUGCUUGCUCGAAAGGCGACAAAGCCGACGCUAAUGUUGCAGACACUCUACGAUUUCCUAUCCUCGUGCAAUAGUAAGCCAAGUGUUGGAACUAUUGGUGUUAUGCAGCUCUCAGAACCCCUCCUGUGGUUCAUUCUUCACGUGCUCGAUUCAGAAGAAGCACUUAAUGAAUUCAAUAAUAUGGGAGGAAUUAAGGUAAUAUGUGAAAAUUUGGUCAAAAGCAACCAGGCUUUAAUAAACUCUCAUCCAAGUAUGGUCUCAGUGGUUAUGCAACAUUUCAGUCAUAUUCCAUCAGCAAGUACAAGUACUGGCAAAAAACUCUCAAACCCUAUUGAAACCUAUGAAGGCUUACUCAACUUCGCACCUUUAGGUAACAUCAGUGCUAGUAAUCUAACGGCACAGCCAGCUGACGUGCUGAUCCAGUCGGCACCACCUCACCGACGUGCUCGGACACCUGCGUGGUCGUAUCACUUUUACCCUGAAGAAAGCUGGGUGGAGCUUACUCUCACAUUACCGUGUGCUGUUCUGUUAAAGGAGGUACAGCUGCAGCCCCAUUUAACAUCACUUGCUACGUGCCCUUCAGCAGUAGCAGUGGAAGUAUGCCGCGACUGCAGUGUCGGUCUAGUGCCUGUGUGUCCCCCAGUUCCCACCAGCGGGCUCACAUUUAUACGACUUCAUCUGCCACAGCCAGAAAUUGUCACCAGUGUGCUGCUUCGACUUUAUAAACCUCACGAUUCUUCAAACAUCGGACUCUCACAAAUUCGCUUGCUUGGUUCAACUACUUUUGGGGAAACUGCUUUCCGUACAGUGAACAUGGAUGUGCCUGAUGAGGAACAACUCACAAAAUCAAGUUUAGGCUGGCUGCGGCUCUUGCACCACUGCCUGUGUCUGCCGAUGAUAGGCUCACCCUUGGCACGUGGAGUGGUUGCAUCUGCUGCAGAAGUGGAGGGGCUGCCUGAAGCUUGUUGUGGCUUGCUCCUGGUGCCAGCACCUGCACCUUCGCUCUUCACACCCAGCCUGGAGAGGGUUCUGAUCCGGUUAGGUCUUCACUCUCGUGACCUAGGCCUGAAGCAGAUCAACACCCUGCUCCGGAAUGGGGCUGCAGCUUUUUUGCAAGGGUCUCUUUCCAUAAGUCACUCCUCCACAUUAAGUUCAACAGUUGUUGACUCUGUCGUGGAAUUGUUGUAUCAGAUGUGCACAAUACAAGACAGUGCAACAAAGGAUAGAGUGAAGGCUUUGCUUUUGUGGUUGCAAGAAACUGCAUCAGCUGCUAUACAGCAAUACUGUGUUGGUCCUUUUCGACAGGCUCAAGAGCAAUCCUUUUCCAGUACAGAAAUUUGGUCACCAUCAUCAGCCUAUGUACAUAGUGCUGCUGCUAUCUUGUGGGCUGCUCAUGAAAGAAGAGUAAAUUAUGAUCUGUACUCAAUGGUGACCCCAGAAUUGUUUCAGAUAGUGUAUAAGUGGACACUGAGCCUGCCAUCUCAUUCUGCACUGAAGAAAGCUAUUGAUACUCUGUUAUGUGCAAUGUGCUACAUCAGGCAUAGUUUAUUUCCAAUGUUGUUGCAGAGAACUGGAACAUUAUUGUCUGACCUAGGAAUUCAUCAGUUGGCUACAGAACUGAAUAACAGAAAGGAGUCCUACUUCAGUAAACCAAGUGUCAGUGACUCAAACCUGGAGUCAGCGGAUGAUAAACAAAAUGGAGAAUGGUACAGUCAUAUCAUGGCACAUGAAAUGGACAAAAUGCAGCGUAGUGAAAGUCAGCUGAUGACUCUUGCCAUGGCAUGUCAGUCACCACCAUCUAUUCAGCAGUUGCUGGAUUCAGGGCUGCUUGCUGUAUUAACACGUAUCAUUCUUGAUUUCUGUCAUCAAGAGGAACAGCAGCUAAGUGACAAUGCAGACAAAGGGACUCAGUCAUCCUCAAGAAAGGCUGGGUUUCGUGAUCCUAGUUCAUUGGUCUCAGAUAUGGAUGAUGGGACUUCCUGCUGCAACAAUGCAACCAGUUUUCCUCAAGAUGGACUUCACAUGCUGCAGGUAGACACUAUAACAAUGAUAUUAAAAUUUUUUGCUGAAGUAUGCUCUGAAGGCAAAAUGCGUGACUGGUUGGGCUCGUCAGAAGGUUCUGUUUUCUGGCUGCCCUUGCUUCACUUACUUUGCACAAAAAGUUGCGGUGUGGAUUCUACUAGCUCGAGGAUACCUAAAAGAUGUGAACUGCGAAGUGAAUCAUAUGCUGCAUUGGAAUCUGCAACAAUAAAGUUCUUGUCCCAAUGUUGCUGGUGCCACCCAUCAAACCAAAGGCUUCUGUCCAAAGUACUGUGUGAUGUUAUCAAUGAACAGAAGACAACUCAAGAUGUAUCAUUCUUGCAUGGCAUCUCUGGUUUCACACGCCGCUUGAUCCUACAGUUGCUAUUGGAGAAUGAGAAGAUACUUUUAUUUAUCAAAUCGGAUUACUCUGUGCAGCGUGUGCGUCUGUCAACUAGUGCACCAUAUCACCCACGAUAUGGUGUUGGUCAUCAGCAGCAGCUGUUUUAUUUCAGUACACAGACAACAUGUGGGGAAAUACUCAAGAGUAUAUUAGUUACAGGGAGCCUGUUACCCGUUGUAAAUGAAGGAAAAUCACCAGAGAGUGGGGGAACUGCAACACCAGUUUCAGGAGGUCUUAUUGGUUCGAAGAAAGAGCUUUGGGAAUUAGGUAUCUAUAUGGUUGAUCAACUGUCUGUACAAGCUGGUGUCUCUGCCAAGGACAAAAGAACAAAAGACGCAAGGAACACUGUUGCUGCUGCAACACGCAGCAUAUCUGGCAAGAAAUCGAGAUCAUCAAGUUUAGCAGAUUCAUCACAGGUAUCCUCCCAGACAACCUCCGUGUCUCCUGUACAGCCACAAAAGUUCCUGGAGCACGAGGCAUGCCCGGGAGUCCCACUGCCAUCGCAGCUGCAGGUUUCUCAGUUGCUCACACUUGUGCUUGAGAAUGGUGACUCACUUAGCACACCAUGCCUUAAACUCAAACUUCAUCACUUUCCAAAGACUACAGAGAAAAAUGCAAAAGGUAAUACAGUGGAAGCCGAGACAGAACGUCUGUUGCAACUGCCUGGGCUGGCUACUCCGUUGCAGGUGUUUACUGAGAUGGGGGGACUUGCCCUACUAGCACAGCACCUUCCACUUGUCUAUCCAGACACUUUGCGGUAUGCUGCCCCUGACAAAGUUCCAGCUUCAACGCCAGACCAAAUAGAUGCUGAGUGGGUCAAAGUGGAUGACAUCUAUGAGGACCUUGAUGAGAGCAUGCCCGGUGGCAGUUCAUCGCCAGGAGGAGCCGGAGGCCGAACAACUGCUUUGCCACCACCAUCUGUACCCCCGCAUUCACUCGCAGCCUUCGGUCUCUUUCUGCGGCUACCAGGAUAUGCUGAGGUCUUACUAAAAGAUAAGAAGAAAGCACAGUGUUUGCUACGACUUGCUCUUGGUGUUACCGAUGAUGGAGAAGGAGGUGACAUCUUUAGUUCCCCAGUAGCGAACCACUUGCAUACGUUACCUUUCCAAGUGCUGCGGCAGCUUUUUGAUUCCACUCCACUUACAACAACUGGUGGUGCUCUGUUAAGGCGAACAACAAUAGAAAUAGGUGCAAUUCAUCUUCUACUUGGAUGUCUUGCCAUCUUCACUCAUCAGUCACAGGAUAUCACACUUCCAGGAGUGCAGCACGAGUUGGUGUUAGCAGCAACAAAAGCUUCAGCAACUGGUGGUGAAACCCAUGUUCGUGGAGGGAAGUCUGAUGACAAAUCUCACUUGUAUUGGGCAAAGGGAACAGGAUUUGGAACAGGGAGCACUGCACAGUCAUGGAAUGUUGAGCAAGCUCUCCUGCGCCAGCGGAGCGAAGAGGAACAUGUCACUGUGUUACUGCAGGUCUUCUCAAGUUAUAUCAAUCCUGGUGGUCAAGCUCCAACAUCCUUUUCGAGUAAAGAUGAUGACGAUGAUGAUGAUGAUGAUGAUGAUGAUGAUGAUGAAGAUGAGGACCAAGGUGAUGGCAGAAUUGGGGGUACAAAGGAACAGCCACAACUACCUCGGGUGUUCUAUGAUCUCCUCAAGCAGUCUUGUCUCUUGCCAGCAGUCUCUGCGUAUCUGAGGAAUGAUUCAGUGUUGGACAUGGCACGACAUAUUCCGUUGUACCGUGCUGUGCUACAGCUUCUGCGUGCCAUGGCCCUGAGCCCUCAGCUGGUGACACUGCUGCUGCCGCAGGAUGGCGGACAGCAUGAUGACCUCUCUGUCGUCUGCCUCCUUACCAAGAUGCGUACUUGUGUCGACACGUAUGCCUCUCGUCUGAAGCUCAAUAAAUCGAAAGGUAAUGGAAAAUCUCGAAGUAAUGCAAAACUGCAGGAAGAAGUUGAACAGGAUGAAGGUCUUGCACUUUUAAUUCCAGACAUUCAAGAAACUGCUAAUAUUGUACAGGCUGCAACAGACAGACUGACAAUGGAAGAUGGCCAAGAGAGUUCUGUUGUAAGAGAAGGGCCUCAUUUAAGUAAUAUAGACCUUCCUUUAAGGUCCCAUGAGGAGAGGUACCUUGAAGUAAUGAGGAGACUGCAAUUUGAUACAUAUGAAAUGAUAACAGAAAGUAGCGAAGGAGGAUAUCAGUUUGUAGUCUCAUACCAUUUUGAAUCGAAUGUGAGGUCUGCUGGAGAAAGAAGUCACCCAGCUCGCAUGAAGCGACUGGCACAAGAGACAGUGACACUGUCUACAUCACUCCCACUUUCGUACAGCAGUUCUGUGUUUGUUCGUUGCGACACCGACAGGCUUGAUAUAAUGAAGGUCCUGAUAACAGGCCCUGCAGAGACACCGUAUGCUAAUGGCUGCUUUGAAUUCGAUGUCUACUUUCCUCCUGAUUAUCCAAACUCACCAAUGUUAAUUAAUCUGGAAACCACUGGUCAUCACACAAUAAGGUUUAAUCCAAAUCUAUACAAUGAUGGCAAAGUGUGUCUGAGUGUUCUUAAUACUUGGCAUGGGCGCCCUGAAGAAAAGUGGAAUGCGCAGACAUCAAGUUUCCUACAGGUGUUAGUGUCCAUACAGUCACUAAUUCUUGUUCCGGAGCCCUACUUCAAUGAGCCUGGCUAUGAGCGAUCAAGAGGUACACCGUCGGGUAACCACAGCUCAAGGGAGUACAAUUCGAACAUAUGCCAAGCAACUGUGAAAUGGGCCAUGCUAGAACAAAUUCGAAAUCCGUGUCCCUGCUUCAAAGAGGUCAUACACACACACUUUUGGAUGAAGAGGCAUGAAAUUGUGAAACAAAUUGAGAACUGGAUUGCUGAUAUGGAUUCUCAGUGUGGAGACAGGCGGACAGGGAGAGCCAUUUCGCUAAACUCCAUGGCUUUAAAGCGACAUUUUCGACAGCUGAAGGAAGAAUUAAAUAAAUUAAAAACUCCAGAGGGACUGGAAGAUUUAGCAGAUUCUUGCCUGGAACUUUCACCACCUUCUACCUCCAGUGUGCAGAGUGUGUCAGAAUCAAAAGAUGCCUCUCCUGUAGUCAGCACUCCUAGUCAAGGUUUUCUUCCAUUUGGAGCCACAAGUAGCACAGAUGACACACACAAGAAAUCAACCGAAGAAAAUGUACCAGCGGAGGUCUACAAGGACAUGGAAAUGGAGAAGAUGGUUUCACAGUUUUGUGAAUGAGAGGGCAUUUUGGAAUAAAAUUGUAAGCAAAUCCCAGUCAACAAUCGUGGAGAAAAUUCAAAUAAAUGUGACAGCCUGUCUUCUCAGUUGAUUUAUUUAAAACUGAUCUUGAGUAAAAUUUUUGCAUUUCAGUAUUACAGCUUAGUAGAACAGUUUAUGAGGCUAUGUUUGUAUACUUACUCGAAUGCAAAAUAUGCCAGUGGAAGAAUCUUGCUUGAUUCAUUUGUUGCCAUGUGACUAAUUUACUUGGAAAGGUUUCUCUUUCCCAAUUGAAAAUCUUUCAUUUAGGCUGUGGGUCGUGUGUGCACGUAUAUAUGGAAUAAAUGUGAUACUGUGUUAUCUGAAUUAGCUUAUUACCCAGUGUGAGAUUUUGUGUUGUGAGGUUGUGUGGACACUUUUUAAGUGCUUUCUGAUUGAUGGAAGACAUUCUUUUGUGAUCCAGUUGAUAAAUGUCAAGUGUACAAAAAACCUUAAGUGUUACAGUUCCAAAGAAAUUACCUUCAUAAGUUGUGAGCAGUUAGUUAAUUAAGCUCUUUUGGAGAAGAUGAUAUAGGGCAUAAAAUUGGGACUAUUUUAAAUUUUGAUUGAAACUUAAAUGUGCUUUCUGUGAUUAUUUCAUACACUUGAUGUUGUAAAAGCAUGGUUCUGGUUCACAUUUUGUGAAUGAAUGAAUGUUUAAUACAUAUCGAGUAACUUGAACUAUUCAAGAUAAAACUUGUUCUCAGAGUGAAGUCAUUCUGAUCUCCAUACUGUUGCAUUUAAGUAAAUUCACUAUAUUGUCAUUUUGUUUGCUUCACUAUGAUCAUGAUGAUAACAGUGAUGAACUUGCUUGUUAAAUUUACUGUUUUCUUUCUUUUUUUUUUCUACUCGCCAUUUCAUAAUUUAAAAAAAUAAAAUUCUACUGAAAAGGCUUCCUCCUCGAUUUUAGUUGCUGAAUAUGUCAUUUUCCAUCUGUUACCAGACUAAUUGGAAAUGAUGAUACUGUGUAUUUGACCUAUAUAUAUUUGGAGAGGUUGUUACAGAGUGCAACUCCAUUUUGAUACACAGUCUGUGUGUGAUACUGUGUGAUGCUACUUACAAUUGAUUGAUUAGGUGUUUAACUGACAGGGAAGGCUUCAUCUGUUAGUAGAAUCUGUGUUUUUGCAUCAUGACAAAACUGUUAAUAGACUGUGAAUAUUGUGUAAAGUUCAUUGUUAAUAUAAGAGUUGAAUGAUUGUUACACAAACUGUUUAUGAAAUGCUUGCAGUCAAAAUGUGAAUAUCGGAUGCAUUGAGAGAAACUGUGAAUUCAUUUGAUGUAAACAAAAUAAAUAUUUUAAUUGUUUGUA